AUGUCGUUUCUUUUCGGCAGGGCUAGGACAAGGCCCGCCGUCGACCUGCCCAAGCAGGCUAGAGAUCAUGUAACGAAGCUCGAAGGUCCAAGUGGUCCCGCCAAGGCUGAAGAGCUCGCCAAGGUACUGAACCAAAUGAAAUUCAUUUUGCAAGGCACACAAGAGUCCGACAGCAGCCCCGAACAGAUAUACCAGCUCGUCACCGGGCUGAUUGAAGAAGACCUCCUAUACCUCCUUGCUGUGAACCUCUGGCGUCUGCCAUUCGAGUCUCGUAAAGAUACACAAGUAAUCUUCUCCUACGUUUUCCGCUUCCGCCCGCCCACCGCCUCUCCAAAAAGCGACCCUCUGGCCUUGUCCUACGUUGUCAACAAUCGCCCGCAAGUACUGCUCGAACUAUGUCGAGGUUAUGAACACAAGGAGAGCGCAACGCCUGCCGGUACCGUCCUUCGCGAGGUCCUGAAGUCGGAGGCCGCUGCCGCCAUCAUUCUGUACGACGACGACGACGAGUCUGGAUCUAGUAGCAAGGGCAUCAAUCUCAUAGACAGGGACCGUCGGCAGAGCGGCAACGGCGUCUUUUGGAGGUUUUUUGACUGGGUCGACAAGAGCUCCUUCGAGGUGGCGGCAGAUGCUUUCACGACAUUUCGGGAACUGCUCACGAAACACAAGGAGCUGGUUCCGAGAUACCUAUCGGUCAACUUUGAUCUAUUCUUCGACAAGUACAAUAACAUCCUCGUACAAUCCAACAGCUAUGUUACCAAGCGGCAGUCUAUCAAACUCCUCGGCGAAAUCCUGCUGGACCGAUCGAACUACAGUGUUAUGACCGCCUACGUCGAUCGCGGGGAGCACCUCAAGAUAUGCAUGAAUCUUCUGAGGGACGAUCGCAAAAUGGUGCAGUACGAGGGCUUUCACGUCUUCAAGGUCUUCGUAGCGAACCCGCAUAAGUCAAUUGCCGUGCAAAAGAUCUUGCUGAUGAACCGGGAAAAGCUACUUACGUUCUUGUCCCACUUUUUGGAGGACAGAACCGAUGACGAGCAAUUCAUCGACGAGAGAGAGUUCCUGAUCAAGCAGAUCAGAAACAUGCCGCCAAAUCCGGUGGCGCCUCAGAGGCAUGGUAUGUCUGGUGGUGGCUAG